AUGCUCGAACUAAUCAAGAAUACUCAACUCCCUGCAUCCCCAGAGUACCCUGGUCUCUCUCCUGACGCCGGAAUCCCGCUCAGCACGUUAAAGUCCUUGCGCACGGAGUGGCUGACUCAAUUUAGCUGGCAAAAGGAGCAAGCUGCCAUCAACAAAUACCCGCAGUUUACUGCCGAGAUUGAAGGCCUAACCGUUCACUUUAUACACCAGAAAUCCAACAAGCCGGAUGCAAUUCCCUUGAUACUGUUCCACGGCUGGCCAGGGUCAUUCUUGGAGUUUAUCCCUCUAAUUGGUGACCUGACUAAGAAUGGAAAGACAUCGACUGGAAAGUCAGUUUCAUUUGACGUUGUCAUUCCCAAUCUUCCUGGAUUUGGGCCAUCCUCGGCACCUCCAGCCAAUUGGUCCACUGAGGAUACUGCCAGAAUCUUCAACACUCUUAUGACCGAUGUCCUUGGUUAUAAGACAUUUGCUGCUCAUGGAACGGACUGGGGCUGUUCAGUCGCCUAUCACCUCUACAGUUCAUACAACUCUACCGUCCGCGCGACCCAGCUCGUAUUUCUGCCCUUUUUCCCGUUUACACCCGACCAGCUUGCUGCUGAAGGCAUUGAAUUGGAUGCGCUCGAGAAGUUUGAAGAGGGAGGGUUUAUGGAAUGGUAUACCAAUGGCCAGGCCUAUUUCCAACUAGAGUCAACCAAAGUAAGUGCUAGUGAAGGACACCGAAUGAAUGAGAAAGUAUUCUGA